AUGAGCAGGCCUACAAAGCGUGCUCGCGUCCAGCAGCAACCCGCCAGUGCCGCCACUCCCGCCAGACCCAAGCGCGAGCCGCUGUUCGCGCCGUUCCGCUCGCUCGGCCAUGUCAGCACGGGCGUGCCAUUCGUGCUCCAGUCGAGGGCGAGCAAGCACCUCCAGCAACCAGCUCUCACCGUCAUCACCAGCCUUGGAGCGAGCUGGGCCAUGUGGGAGGGUCAGUCGAUGCGGUUGCUCUUCGUCGGCCCCGACAUGGGCAAGCCGAUCACGAGUAUGGCCGUGUUGAACGAAAGCGUCUUUGCGGCCGCAGGGGACAUGGUUGGGCGAUUCGUGAGGGGCAAGGAGGUCGGGCGGUUCGUUACGGGCGGCGAGAGGACAAACGGGGUGUACGACAGCGACAGCGACUCGAGCGACUCCUCGUCCUCCUCCGCCAGCUCCUCUUCUUCCUCCUCCUCCAGCGACUCGGAUUCCGACGACGAAGACGACUCUCUUUCGCCGAUACCCGAAUCUCUCGACAACCUCGUUCUCUUCGGCAACACUCUGAUCGCACUCUCGUCGACCGGGCGGCGAAUGUUCGUCUGGGACGUCCCGCCCUACGUCAAGCCCGCCUCGAAGGACCCGCUUGCGAAGGAGGGAGAGGAGGACGAAGACGUCGCUGGAAGCGAGACGGACGAGGAGCACGACGACCGUACCGUCACACCCUACGCGACCCUCGAGUUCCCGAUGGGCUUCACGGCGACCAAGGUGCUUCACCCGGCGAGCUACCUGAACAAGGUGGUUGUUAGCAGCAAGGAGGGCGAGGUGGCAGUGUGGAACGUCCGAACAGGCUCCUGCAUCCACACCUUCCCCUUCUCGACUCUCGCCGGCUCGCAUCCCGCCUCUGCAGUCACCUCUCUCUCCCAGUCUCCCGCCAUCGACGUCCUUGGCGUCGGCUUGGCGAGCGGCGCCUGCAUCCUCUUCGACGUCCGCCUUGGCGAAGUGCUCGGCAAGGUCCGCCUCGAAGGCGAAGGAGCGGGCGAAGUUGCGGCGCUGUCUUUCCGGACAGACAACGAGGCGCAAACGCUUGCGGUCGCCUCGACGUCGGGACAUGUUGCCCUCUUCGAUCUCGGCAACGAGAUGAAGCUAUUGCACCUCGUCCGGAAUGCGCACGAGGGACCUGUCGGUGGACUUGAGUGGGUACCGGGACAGCCGUUGAUGAUCACGAGUGGCGGAGACAACUCGGUUAAGCAAUGGCUCCUCGACACGCCCACUGCCGCGCCUCGCCUGCUCAAGCAACGGUCCGGCCACCACGCCCCUCCUCAUUUCGUUCGGUACUACGGCGACGACGGCAAGUCGCUUUUGACGGCCGGCGCAGACCGCUCGCUGCGCUAUACCAGCGUUGUGCGGGACUCGCGAGGUUAUGAGCUGUCACAAGGCUCGAUCGCCCGCAAGGCUACCCGGCUAGACGUCCGCCCUUCCUCCCUCAAGCUCCCGCUCAUCACCUCGCUCGCCUACUCGACCGCUCGCGCCCGGGACUGGGACGACGUCGUCUCUGUCUCCGCCGAUGAGUCGCUCGGUCGGUCUUGGAGCGUCGAGAACAAGCGACUCGGCAAGUGGACGUUCGCGACGGGCGGAAAGGCGACCGUCUCGGCUGUCACGGCGUGCGGCAACUUUAGUCUCGUCGGCUCGCAGGCGGGCGACGUCCAGAUGUUCAACAUGCAGUCGGGCAUGAAGCGCAAGGUCUUCAAGGUGCCGAAUGCCGGAGUGACGGACGUGCGGGGGCGGCAUGUGACGGGGUUGGCGGUCGAUGCGCUGAAUCGCUGCGUGGUCGUCUCGACGCUCAAGGGCGCCCUGCAUUUCUUCGACUUCCAGACGAUGAAGCUCAUGUCGACCUUGACGCUGAAGGCGUCCGUCACCUCGAUCCUCCUCCAACGGGACAACGGCCUGCUCGCUGCGGUCUGCGACGACCUCGUCGUUCGCAUCGUCGACAUCGAGACGCGGCGAGUCGUGCGUGAGCUCAGCGGUCCGCGAGGGCGCAUUCUCGACAUCGCCUUCUCGCCCGACUCGCGGUGGAUCAUCACGACCUCGCAGGACUCGGUCAUCCGGACCUUCGACAUCCCGACGGGCCAACUCGUCGAUGCCUUCCGGACCAAGACGGUCGCGACCAGCUUGACGUUCUCGCCAACCGGCGACUUCCUCGCCUCGACGCACGUCGACAGUGUCGGCAUCUACCUGUGGGCUAACCGAGCGCAGUUCUCGGAUGUCUCGCUUCUGUCGUUCGUCGAGGAGGAGACGCUCGAAGACGUCGCUCUGCCGACAGUUCAAGGCGUCGAUGCCGAUGCCUCACUGUCCGCCAUCUCAGCGCCGAGUCGAUGGGAAGACAUCCAGCCGUACACGACGCCCGACCAGCUCGCCGACUCGCUCCUCACCCUCUCUCUCAUGCCCCGCUCCCGAUGGCAGACGCUCCUCAAUCUCGACACGAUCAAGGCGCGCAACAAGCCUAAGGAGGCGCCCAAAGCGCCCGAGCGGGCGCCAUUCUUCCUCCCGACUCUGCCAGGCGUGGAUCACCGGUUCGACUUUGGCAUGUCGGCGCCAAACGGAGCGGCGAAAGAAAAGAAGGACGACGCUGCGCAGAAGCGCAAGCUCGACUUUGCUGUCGGCGCAUCGGUCGAGACGGACUUUGUGCGGCGGCUACUGAGCGAGAAGAAGGACGGCAACUACCAAGCCUUCUUCGAGUACCUCAAGGCUCUCUCGCCCUCGAACGUCGACCUCGAGAUCCGCUCGCUCUCGUCGAUCCCGCACCUCGAAGCCUUCCUCCACGCUCUCCUCGCCCGCCUCCGCUCUCACCGCGACUUCGAAGCCUGUCAGACCUUCCUCGCCGUCUUCCUCCGCAUCCACGGCGACAUCCUCAUUGCGAACCCCGAGACGAAGGGCCCGCUCGAAGCGAUCGCCGAGCAGCAGAAGAAGGAGGCGGAACGGCUGAUCGACUUGACGCACUACAACCUCGGCACGCUCGCUUUCUUGCGCGGCGUCGCUCUCACCUAG